AUGAGAGUCCAGGAAGCGGCAAUAUUUGGCUUGGCCUUGUUUAGUGCACUUAAUGUCUUAGACGCAACAUCUUGCCGAUCAAAUCAAAAUCUGGAUUUUGAUAUUGACUACGAAAAUCCUUGUUCUGUGGAUGCGAUUCCUUUUCGGCAACGGAGAGGUGUGCAAUUGACUGUUUUUCCAAUGAAGAGGACCCUUUUGGCAUUGAGGCGACUUUGGAGGACAUCUUGCCACAGAAUAAAAGACGUGCUUAACAUUUAUUCAGCUGGUCUAAGUGCCAACCUCCAUACAAGCGAACUACAAUGCGAUUGGCACCAAAAUGUAAAACCACAGGGCAAGCAACUCAACUUCACAGAAGCACAAAACAUCUACCUGGCCAGUCUUUUUACAGAAAUGCUUAAAGCAACUGCAAGGUUGAAUACUGUUUACAAAUUGGAAAUUUUUACGAAGGCGGAUAGUGGAAUGGUGGAACAGUCCAUUUGCAGAUUUUCCAACACCAUGAGCGAACCUUUGUGUAAAAUCAAAAUUCUGUUAGGCGAAAAUUACAUCCCUAUCGACUCCCAGAUUCUAGAGAAAGCGAGAAAAAUACAAGACCACGUAUAUGGCGAAGAAUUACGCAGAACUGGCACCUAUACUGCACUAAAAAUCAUGACGCUGCUGCAAGAUCUUAAACGAUUUAUCGUGACUUUGACAACAAAUUCUUUGAAAUGAAAGGUCAAAACGACUCGAACAAACGGACUUUGAAACGCAUUUAUGAUUAUGCCUCAUGAUGAAGAGACUUAAAUGAAGAAAUAUUUUAUAUCAUUUUUCGCACAUUUUAUUUUGAUAAGUUUAUUUACACAUUUUAUACAAAUUUAAGAUAUAUUUUUUUACAAAAGAAAUGUUUUAUGCCAAAUAAACUGUGGUAAUUGCUAAAUAGUAAUUAUACUCUAAGUGUCAAAACACGUAUUUUUGUACGUUAUUUUUAUAUGUACGUUAUUUAUAUAUUUAUUUAUGUAGAAAAAACAGAGAUCUAAAAGAAGAAUUGACAGUUUUCUUACAUCUGUAUAUGUUUAUAUAUA